AAAAGAAGAAGAAGAGAUAGAGAAAGAGAGGUCAACCAGAGAGACUGUGAAGUUGUUCUUGUUGGGAGGCCAUGGCAACGACGGCGUACGCAGGCGUAUCUACUAUGGCGGUAGCGGUGUUGGGUCCGCGUCUUCCCACGACCAGCAAAUGUCCACGCUGCUCCGCUCUGCCUUCUCUACCACCUCGCCCUAUCGCUCCCGCGUCCUCCAUCUCUUUCAAACACUUCUCAGAGGCACAGAGGUUUUCUUUGCAUCAGAUCAGAGCCUCUUCCACAGAAGAGAGCACCAUUGAGGUUGGAGAAGUGUUCGAAGACUUGAAAGGAAAGUGGGAUGCACUCGAAAAUAAGUCCACUGUACUUCUCUAUGGAGGUGGAGCGAUAGUUGCAGUUUGGUUAUCUUCAAUUGUGGUUGGCGCCAUCAACUCAGUUCCUUUGCUUCCAAAGAUCAUGGAGUUAGUAGGGCUUGGAUACACUGGAUGGUUUGUUUACCGGUACCUUCUUUUCAAGUCUAGCAGAAAAGAACUAGCUUCAGACAUUGAAGCAUUCAAGAAGAAGAUCGCUGGAACCGAGUAGAGAUGCACAUUGGAUGACAAGUUUAUUUUGCAUUCAGUUCGACCAUUGGUUUUUCUGUGGUUCUUUCCAGAGUUACAUACAUAAAAGGCACCUGGAUCCUGUACUGUACACACUUCUUUUUUCCCCUCUUCUUUUCUUGUAUCAACCAACUUGUUCCAUGGAAUUCAGACAUCUAUUUCUUUA